CCCUCGGACGCUUGUAACGUUAGCUGAUGUUUUGAGCGCAGACCUCAGCUGAGGCUCAGCAGCACUAAUCCUUUAUGAGCGCUAAAACAUGGAGGUGACAGCUGCUCGCCCUUCGUUUAUCUGCGAUAUCGGUUUCUGGGCGGACCGGACUGCCCUGCAUGAGGCAGCCUUCCACGGCAGAGUCCUGCAGCUGAAGCAGCUCAUAGAAAGUGGAGCCUCGGUCAAUAUGGUGACGGUGGACAACAUCACCCCACUCCACGAGGCCUGCAUGCGGGCUCAUUCCAAGUGUGCCCGGCUGCUGCUGGAGGCUGGAGCCCAGGUGGAUGUACGGACCAUCCAUGGCAGUACCCCUCUCUGUAACGCCUGUGCCUCCGGCAGCCUGGAGUGUGCCAAGCUGCUGCUGGAAUAUGGAGCCAAAGUGAACCCGUCCCUCACAGCCCUCACUGCCUCGCCACUCCACGAGGCCUGCAUACAGGGUAACACUUCAGCAGCUACAGGAGAGAGCUCAACCAGUCACAUCCCAUCAGACUUCUUCCCCGUGAAUGAAACUUUAUCUUCCCCCCCAGGUAACGUUAACGUAGUGAGGCUGAUGAUAGCCAGCGGUGCCCAGCUGGAGGCGUACGAUGUCCACUUUGGUCCACCCCUCCACAUCGCUGCCGCUAAAGGACACGUGGACUGUGUCAGGGAGCUGCUUGUUGCAGGUGCCAAUGUGAAUUCAGUGAAGUUCCACGAGACGGCUUUGCACCAUGCGGCGCGAGUCCACAUGGUGGACCUGAUCGAGCUGCUGGUGGAGUUCGGAGCCAACGUGUAUGCUAGCGACAACCUGGGAAGGAAACCUGUAGACUACACAACACCUGCGUCUCCCUCUCACACCUGCCUCCAGUUUUAUGAAAGUAAUCCUCUGAGUCUGCAGCAGCUUUGCAGAAUCACUGUGAGGAUGACGCUGGGUACCAGAGCCUCAGAGGUCAUAGGUCAGCUGAACAUAUCCCACCGCAUCCGCAGCUACCUCCAGUACUGUGACCAUCCCACAUCACUACAAAGUGACACAUGAGUGGACUUAUAAACCUGUAUGGUUUUAUAAAAAGACACAUCAUCGACAACAUCUGCCUAAAAUUUUAAAUAUAUUCAGUUAUCCAAAAUAAGUCAUGUGACUCAGGAAUGACAUAAUUGUUGAAUCUUAAUUUAUGUUUAUACCGUUGUAUUGUGAUAUAAGUAACAUGGUGUAUUAUUUAGCAUUAUUUAUCCUGAUGAAGAAUAAAUUCUAUUUGCAUAGAGCAUGCAACUG